AUGCGGAGGGCGGUUGGGUUGCUCUGGCUGCUGCUGCCGGGGCUGGUGGCGCAGGAGCCGAUCAGCGUGGGCCUGGCCAUCGGCGUGGCCUGGGCCCUCACCAGCUUCCUGUCCCACCCGAGGUUCUACUGCAGCUAUGUGGAGUGCUGCCCCAGCGCCGAGCAGCGCCUCGACGCCAGCGCGCUGAAGGUGCAGCUGGACUCCAAGCUCUUCGGGCAGCACCUGGCCAAGGACGUGGUGCUGAAGGCAGUGCUGGGCUUCAGCACCAACCCCGCCCGCAAGAAGCCGCUGACGCUAUCGCUCCACGGCUGGGCUGGCACCGGCAAGAACUUCCUCAGCCAGAUCCUGGUGGAGCACAUCCAUGCUGCCGGCCUGCGCAGCAAGUUCGUCCAUCUCUUCCUGCCCACCCUCCACUUCCCCCACGAUGCCCAAGUCAAGCUCUACAAGGACCAGCUGCAGAGCUGGAUCCGGGGCAAUGUCAGUGCCUGUCCCCACUCUGUCUUCAUCUUUGAUGAGAUGGACAAAAUGCACCCAGGGCUCAUCGAUGCCAUCAAGCCCUUCCUAGACUACUACGAGCAGAUUGAUGGAGUGUCCUACAGGAGAGCCAUCUUCAUCUUUCUCAGCAAUGCAGGGGGGGACCUGAUCAAUAAAGCAGCUCUGGACUUCUGGAUGAGUGGGAAGCCGAGGGAGGAGAUUCAGCUGAAGGACCUGGAGCCCAUGCUCUCUGUAGGGGUCUUCAACAACAAGAACAGUGGCCUGUGGCACAGCAGCCUCAUCGACAGGAACCUCAUCGACUACUUCAUCCCCUUCCUGCCCCUGGAACACAGGCACGUCAGGAUGUGUGUGAGGGCUGAGAUGGUGGCCCGUGGCUACGUGGUGGAUGAGCAGAUCGUGCAGGCAGUGCUGGAGGAGAUGACCUUCUUCCCCAAAGAGCAGAAAAUCUUCUCUGACAAGGGCUGCAAGACUGUGCAGGCCAAGCUGGACAUCCACGAGGGAGCUGCCGUGAGGGACAGCAGAGCCAAGCGCUGA